AUGAAUAUUUCAUCGUUUAGAAUAAAAAGAAGGAAAAAAAGCGAAGAAGAUGACGAUGAAAAAAAGGAAGAUCCAAGUUAUCAACAAUUAUUAGAAAUUGUUGCUCCAAUUAAUAAAUUUAAGAGUAAGCCAGCAUUAGGAGUGACUACAUUUUCAAGGCAAAUGUGGUGCGAAAAAAGUUUAGAGAUUUGUCUUGAGAAGAAUAUUAAAAUCACAAGUAAAGCCAUUGAAGAGGGCAUUAAACACCAUGAAGAGUUGGAAUUAGAAGAUCACCAAGUUUUAAGUGUAAUUGUAGAGAAUGAAUACGAAAAAAUUUCUAUUGAAAUGCUGAGUAUUUUAAAUUUAUUAGAUGGGUUAAUAGAAAGAGGAUAUGUUCGUGAGCUUCCAAUAAUGGGGUUUUACAAAGGAAUAAUGCUAAGAGGAAUAAUUGAUUCGUUACAAUUAAAACCAAAACUAAAUGAAAUUGGUGAAACUAUUAACGCUAAGUAUACACCAAAAAACAUUAAUAAGUUUAUUAUUUUGAUUACAGAUACAAAAACUAGAAGAAAUACAACUCUUCCAAGCAAUGCUCAACAAAAAACUACAGUUUUACAACUGGGAUUAUAUAGAAAAAUUUUAGCUGAAAUGAUUAAUUCUGGAAAAACCUGGAAGUCUUGCCAUUCAAAUUUAACAGAUUCUACUGCAAUAAAAAAACACUUAAGCUCUUUUUCCAAAAUGGAUUUGUUAAGUUGUUGCUCUGGUUGUAGAUUCUUGAAUAAUAUAUUCGAAUUCCAUAACUUAGACCCAUCCAUUUCUUUUUCAGAAUUUCAAGAAUUGGAAAGUGAAAGAAGAAAGCAGUGUUCAAAAGAACAAAAGGAAAUUAAAGAUGUUGAAAGUGAGGCUGUGGUUCAUUAUGAAAAUGAAAACAAAACUCAGUCUGUUGAAGAUUCUGAUACUGAAUCUGAGGUUGAUACUGACGGGAAAAGUGUACUUAGUGAAUUUGAAAAUGCUCUUGAAAUUGGUUUCAACUUACUACUUAGUUUUUCAAAGCUUCCAGAUAUUCAGCCAGAAAUGAAAGUUGAGUAUGACUGUCAAGGGAAGACCUUUCUUACGAAAUGGUACAGGUCCCCAAAACAAACUAUUGAUCUUGAGUUAGACUACUUAUUAGGAUGGUGGCUUGGAUCUAGAGAAACUGAAUUCGUACGGAUCUCAGAGGCAUGGAAAUGCAAGUUUUGUAAUGUAAUUGAAUACUGCCAAGUAUGUCCUCUCUCUUUAGAAGAAAGAGAAAAAUGCAUAGAACAAAUCCAUCAAAGUGAAUUAGAGUCAUUACUACUUAAGGAUUUGGAAGAAUCAUCAUCUAAAGAACUUAUUUCAGAAUUAAAAUGUUCUUAA